UAACAUUCACAUAUUAUUUUCUCUCUCUAGAUUCUUCUUCAGGUUCUUCCUGUUCUCACAUUUCCGAUCGCACAAAACUGAAGUUAUUCGAGCUGUUUGUUAUUCCGAUCGUUGUUGUUUCAAAAUUAGGGUUAGGGUUUUCUGAUUGCAGAAAAAUGGCACAAGUUGUGGAAGAAUGGUACAAACAGAUGCCUGUGAUUACUCGUUCGUAUCUUACGGCUGCUGUUCUUACCACCGUUGGAUGCUCUCUUGAGAUAAUUUCGCCCUACAACUUGUAUCUGAACCCGAGGCUUGUUGUUAAGCAAUACCAAAUCUGGCGGCUUAUUACUAAUUUUCUCUAUUUCCGCAAGAUGGAUUUGGAUUUCCUUUUUCACAUGUUCUUUCUGGCUCGAUACUGCAAGCUUCUAGAAGAAAAUUCGUUCAGGGGAAGAACCGCAGAUUUCUUUUACAUGCUUUUAUUCGGUGCAACUGUUUUGACAAGUAUUGUACUUGUUGGAGGGAUGAUACCUUAUGUCUCAGAAUCUUUUGCCAAAAUCAUCUUUCUUAGCAAUUCGUUGACGUUUAUGAUGGUUUAUGUUUGGAGCAAGCGAAAUCCAUAUAUUCAUAUGAGCUUCUUGGGUCUCUUUACCUUUACCGCAGCUUAUCUUCCAUGGGUUUUGUUGGGCUUCUCUGUUCUUGUUGGUGCAAGUGCUUGGGCCGAUCUACUUGGAAUGGUGGCGGGUCAUGUUUACUAUUUUCUUGAAGAUGUGUAUCCAAGAAUGACGGGUAGGCGCCCUCUAAAAACACCGUCAUUUAUCAAGUCACUUUUUGCUGAUGAACCUGUCGUAGUGGCACGUGCUGCAGAAGUGAGAUUUGCAGCUCCAGCCAUAGAUGAAAUGAGACGAUGAUGAGUUGCUAUGGAGGACUAAAUAGUAAUAUGCAUGUUUAUGGUCAUGAAGCUUAAAUGUGCACAUAUUGUGGUAUGGUUUAAGAUGUCAGUUAUGUAGGAUGUUUAUGUAAGUGAAGGGGUUGCUAACAACUAGUAUAGGUUUACAAUUUUAUAUAACUUUCAUCCAUGUGCAAAGAUUUAACAACUUUUUGGUUUAUCCAAAAAUAAUGGUGCAGUUGUGGUGUUCAUUUAGCGUUUU